AUGGCUAACGGACAAAUCAUGUGGGGACGGUUCCUCGUCGCCUCGUCGCUUCUUAUGGGCGCGGCAUACACAUUGAUGGCUACGACCACCCCUACCGAGGAGGAGUUUUACAACCGUCUCUCGCCCGACCUCAAGGCCAAGGUCGACGCCGUCCGUGCCCAGCGCGCGGGCAUGAGCCAGCCUGUCAAGGAGGCCAUCCAGUCUGCUGGCGACGACGAGCGCGUCGUGUGGGCCGACGACCUCAAGAAGGCAAAGUAG